AUUACUGAGAAGCUCGAAAGGAGAAAAAAGUUGAUGCUAGAGGAAAACGAAAAGCUUGUGUUGACUCCAUUCGAAAAGAACCUCGACAUCUGUAGACAGCUUUGGCGAGUGCUUGAACGUAGUGACUUGAUUGUUAUGGUAGUUGACGCUAGAGAUACACUCUUCUACCGUUGCCCUGAUCUUGAGGGACUAGGGAGAAAUGGGCAGAAUAUUUCCGCCUCAACAACAUCCUCUUCGUCUUCUGGUCAGCCAUGGCCGCUACAGCUCUCCUCGAAGGGAAAGUCUUGAAAGAGCAAUGGAGACAACCCGGUAACUUUCAAAAGACAGAAGAUCCAGAAGUUGUGAUAUGCGGCAGAGACAGAGCUCUUGGGACGGUUACAGUCUGAGGCUCAAGAGAUCGUCAGAGCAAGAAACUCUAGAGCAGUGAGUGAGAGUGCUCUUGGGUCCCUAUUUACAUAUACAAAUUUUCAAAAAAUUUGGGACCCUGAGUCAUAUUUAAUUAGGCUUGGCCCAGGACCGGCGCUUGGGUCGAUGAGUGAGGAGAAGGUGGAGGAUACUAGGUGCUGAGAUAGGUUCGGAUGAUGAUGAGGAGGAAAGCGAGGAGGUUCCUGGUAUUGAUGAUGUGCUGGAUGAUUUGAGCUUGUUUGAUGUGGCGAACGGGCUUGCGUCUUCUAAGAAAGUGGCGGUGAAGAAGGAGACGGCGUCGCAUAAGCAGCAUAAGAAGCCUGCUAACACAGAGCCUCUCACUGUGCGGUGAUUAGUGACAAGUGACCAAAGUGUAGUCAUCGUAGCAAGGAUAUUAAGUUUAUGUGAUAGAGAUGAGAUGGUGUAUUAUCAGUGUAAGAUACUUUUUUUGUCAACAGAUGCUUAAAAAGUUUUUUUUUUUUUUUAGAGUUUUGUUAAUUCUAGUUAUUUAAGGGCUUUUAUACUGUAAUUUUGCUUAAUAUAGAUUAUGGUUUUGAUU